UACUGGACUGAAACGAGGAAGUGACAGUAAUUGGUACAUUUUCUGUAAGUCAUGGAAAAACGUCCAAACCUACACGGAGACGGAAAACGGAGAGGAGAGGGAAGAGUCACCAGGUUUUCACCGAGUCUCUGCAGCGGUGGUUCAAUGGGGAACAGGAGGAGACAUUUAAAACACAUUUUGAUCUGCAUCCUGGGGACGGCGGCCGUCUUCCUCAUCUAUCUCAGCUUUGAUGGCAACUGGAGUCCCGGAUCUUUGUCAACGUAUCAUGUGGCCUAUCCACGAAACUACCAAAUCAUCAUGGACGACACACCGACAUGUAGGACCAGGUCUCCUUUCAUGGUCAUGAUGGUCCCAGUCGCGCCCAGUGAUGUGGCAGCUCGGGACGCCAUCCGAAAGACAUGGGGAAGUGAGACAGUGGUUCAGGGUGAGGUGGUGGGGACGCUCUUCUUAGUGGGCCUGCCUGGAGGAGCUGAUGCUGGGCAGCAGCAAGAGAAACUCAGUCAGGAGAAUCAUCGGCACCGCGACCUGAUCCAGAGCGACUUCCAGGACAGCUACCACAAUCUGACCAUCAAGACCAUGGUCAUGCUGGAGUGGCUGGCUGCUCACUGCACCAACGCUUCUUACGUCAUGAAGAUUGACUCGGACAUGUUGGUCCAUGUCCCCAACUUGGUCAAACUGUUGCUGGAUCCCGGCACGGCCAAACAAAACUACAUGACAGGUUUGGUGUGGUGGCACAGCCCAGUUUUGAGAAACCCAUUUAAUAAGUUCUACCUCCCGAGAGACGUUAUCGCUGAGCCGGAGUUCCCCCCCUAUCCUCUGGGCAUGGCCUACGUCAUGUCCCUGGACCUUCCCUGGAAGAUCCUGCAAGUCUCUCCUCGGAUUAAACCGCUCUUCAUUGAAGACGCCUACCUGGGGAUGUGUCUGAAGCACCUGGGCAUUUCCCCCACCGACCCCCCGGAAAACACCAUGUUUAUCGUCGACCCCGUGCAUCCUCUGAGCAGCUGCAGCCUCUCAAAGGUCAUCGCCGUGACAACGACGAGCAUCGCACAGAUGAAGAGAUACUGGGAGACGAGCAAAGGACCAGACGCUAAAUGCUGAGCUUCAGAUCAUGUUUGUUUGAACUGAAAGUAGUUUCUUGUGGGCGGUGGUGGGGCAACUCUACUGCUAAAUGAAGUGGAGCAUAUUUUCAGACUUUCAUCUAGACCCCAGAGACGUUAUCACAUCACUCCUGUUUUAGCCUCUUUACACCGGCUCCAUGUUUUAGAAUUUUAUUUUAAGUUUAAAGUCUUUCUCAGUCUUGUGUAUCUGACCUACACCCCAGCUCCUACACCCCAGCUCCUACACCCUAGCUCCUACACCCCAGCUCCUACACCCUAGCUCCUACACACCAGCUCCUACACCCCAGCUCCUACACCCUAGCUCCUACACCCCAGCUCCUACACACUAGCUCCUACACCCCAGCUCCUACACACCAGCUCUUACACCCUCUCCUACACCCCAGCUCCUACACCCCAGCUCCUACCUCUACAUCCUCGGGCAGACGUCUGCUACCUGUCUCAGAAAGCUGGUUGGAAACUAAAGGGACCAAAAUCAUCUCAUCUGGCUCUGAGACGAUCUGGAACGAUCUGCCCGAGGAAAUAAUGUCGGCUGACUCAAUUUCUUAUAAGUUUUUCUGAGAGACGUCUCUGGUUUUACUUGAAUUUUAAUUUUCUUUUAGUGAGUGAACUUUUUCAACUGCUGUCUUUUAAAUUGACUGAAUUUGUGACGUCUUUUAGUUGCUGCUUCCUUUUUGUUUUAAAUAAAGAUGAUUAUUAUGUUUGCAGACAACAUGGAGGCACCUACUCCCUUUGUUACACAGAACAAUGUGUGUGUACAAGUGAUAAAUCAAACCACUACGUGGUCUCAGGUCGGACACGGA